UUCAUUAUUUAAAUGAAUGAAUGAUUGCAUCAAUCAAUGAGUUGAGCACUCAUUCACAUCAAUAGUAAAGGCAUUGAAUACACGUUUGCAGUCAACGAGUAGUCAAUCAAUCAAUCGCUUGAUUUUCAAUACAUUUACCACACAUUUGACAACAUAUUGCUUGACAUUAUGACCAACGAGUCGGACAAUCAACAAAAUAGUGGACAAUCGGUGUCCGCCGAUAACGGACCGCCGAAAUCGGAGAAAGAAUUGAAAAAAGAAGCGCUAAAGAAGGCUAAACUCGAAAAGUUUGCCGAAAAACAACAGAAAUUGAAAGAAAAAGCUGUCAAAGAAGCAAAAAACAAGAAUGAAACCAAAGACAACAAAAGUGAUAACAAAAAGGAUAAAAAAGACAAAACUAUUAUCACAUACGAUAGAGUUAUCAAACCGGGAGAGAAAAAGGAUGUAACAUCUGAUCCGAUGCCUGAUUCAUAUUCACCCAAAUAUGUUGAGGCCGUUUGGUAUGAGUGGUGGGAAAAGCAAGGCUUCUUUAGUCCCGAAUAUAACAAUGACAUCACAAAACCUAACCCGAAGGGACACUUUGUUAUGGUUAUACCGCCGCCUAACGUGACCGGUGUUUUACAUUUAGGUCACGCACUCACCAAUGCUAUACAAGAUUCAGUGACCCGAUGGAACCGUAUGAAAGGCAGGACAACCUUAUGGAACCCGGGCUGUGAUCACGCGGGCAUUUCCACACAAAUUGUGGUCGAAAAACAACUUUGGAGACAAAAGAAGAUAACGAGACACGAUUUGGGUCGCGACAAGUUUGUUGAAGAGGUAUGGAAGUGGAAGAAUGAAAAGGGAGACGCGAUUUAUAAACAAUUGAAGUGUUUGGGAGUCUCUACUGACUGGAAUCGAGCUGUCUUUACAAUGGAUCCUAAAAUGUGUCGCGCGGUUAUUGAAGCAUUUGUCAGACUUCAUGAACAGGGACUCAUCUAUCGGUUUAAUCGAUUGGUCAACUGGUCGUGCACUUUGCUGUCAGCUAUUUCUGAUAUAGAAGUGGAUAAAUUUGAAUUAACUGGCCGUACAUUUUUAACUGUUCCCAAUUAUGACCAAAAAGUCGAGUUUGGAGUUUUGCAUAAGUUUGCGUAUAAAGUUGAGGAAAGCGAUGAUGAAAUAGUUGUGGCCACCACUCGUAUUGAGACAAUGUUAGGCGAUACGGCUGUUGCUGUCCAUCCUAAUGAUUCCCGUUAUAAACAUCUUCACGGCAAAUAUGUUGUCCAUCCUUUCCUUGAGCGCAGACUUCCAAUUGUUUGCGAUGAAUUUGUGGACAAGGAGUUUGGAACGGGUGCCGUUAAAAUUACUCCGGCUCACGAUCCCAAUGAUUAUGAAGUUGGAAAACGACAUAACCUUCCAUUUAUUACUAUAAUAACGGAUUCCGGAUUAAUAUCUGACAAUUGCGGACAAUUUAGUGGACAAAAGAGAUUUGAUGCCCGAAAAUCAGUGACCGAAGCCUUAAAACAAAAAGGAUUAUAUCGUGAAUGUGUGGACAAUCCUAUGGUUGUACCCAUUUGUAAUCGAUCUAAGGAUAUAAUUGAACCAUUAAUUAAAUAUCAAUGGUAUGUCAAUUGUAAGGAUAUGGCUAAGAAAGCAGCAGAUGCUGUGAGAAAUGGAGAACUCAGGUUUAUACCAGAAUUGCACGAAAAGAUUUGGUUUCAUUGGUUGGACAACAUUAGAGAUUGGUGUAUAUCUCGUCAAAAUUGGUGGGGACAUAGAAUUCCUGUUUAUUUUGCUAAAGUUAAGGGUCAGACACCACAAGACAUAAAUGAAUCGGAAGAGUAUUGGAUUAGUGGUCGAACUGAAGAAGAGGCUCUUGAAAAAGCAUCGAAAAAGUUUAAUGUGAAAACUGAAGACAUUGAACUAAUUCAAGACGAAGAUGUAUUGGACACAUGGUUUUCUUCGGGAUUGUUUCCAUUUGCUAUAUUUGGUUGGCCGGAACAGACCCAAGAUUUGGAACUAUUCUUUCCGGGAACUCUGUUAGAGACGGGUUACGACAUAAUAUUUUUUUGGGUCGCAAGAAUGGCUAUGUUGUCAUUACAACUUAUGGGUAAACUUCCAUUCAAAGAUGUUUAUCUUCAUACCAUUAUACGUGAUGCUCACGGAAGGAAAAUGUCCAAAUCGUUGGGCAACGUUAUAGACCCGAUGCAUGUCAUCAAUGGUAUAUCAUUGGAUGAUCUUUACAAGACAUUAUAUAACUCAAACUUAGACCCUUCUGAGAUCGAUAAGGCAAAAGCCGGUCAAAAGGUCGACUAUCCCAAUGGUAUUCCCGAAUGUGGUACCGAUGCAAUGCGAUUUGCAUUGUGCUCAUACUUAACACCCGGGCGUGACAUCAAUUUGGAUAUAAAACGUGUUGAAGGUUACAGACAUUUUUGUAAUAAGCUCUGGAAUGCCGUUAAGUUUACAUUAAUGACUUUGGGCUCUGAUUUUAUACCCAACUCUACAAAUAAAUUGACGGGAAAUGAAUCUAAAGUAGAUCUUUGGAUUUUGAGUGCUUUACAUACGGCCACUGAAACGUGUAAUAAAGGUUUCGAGACGUAUGACUUUCCUCAAUGUACUAACGCUUGCUAUAGUUUCUGGUUAUACCAAUUGUGUGAUGUAUAUCUCGAGUCUCUUAAACCAAUUAUUCAAAGCGGUAACGCCGUGGCUAUUAAUGCCGCAAAACAAACACUAUAUACUAGUGUAGACACAGGAUUGCGGUUAUUGCACCCAUUUAUGCCAUUCAUUACCGAAGAGUUAUUCCAAAGAUUGCCUCGAAGGACAAGUAAURAACCGCCAAGUAUUUCAGUGACACCUUAUCCAGAAGUGGACCAAUUUAUGUGGAAAUACAACGAAAAGUUGGAAAAUGACGUGACGUUUAUGCAAAAUAUCAUUCAUAGCAUACGAUCCUUGAGAUCGGAAUACAACUUAGCGAAGACCAAAGUAAAUCUCUAUCUUAAGUUCGAUGGCAUCGAUACUAAAGAAAGAUUAUUACCUUUUGUUGAGACAAUUAAGGUUUUAACCAAUUCAUUAUCUGUUGAUGUUGUGGACGAAAGUUCAUCAGUUCCAGAGGGCUGUGCUAUAGUUCCUGUUUCAGACAGCUGUGAGGCAUACCUUAUGCUAAAAGGUUUUAUUGAUGUUAACAAAGAAAUAGAAAGAUUGAAAGCAAAACAAGAGAAGAUCAAUGGACCACUAAUUAGGUUGAGAGACACCACCGAAAAACCUGAUUAUGAAGACAAAGUUCCCGUUGAAGUUCGGAUCGCAAACUCUGAAAAACUAAAACAAUCGGAACUCGAAUUGAAUAAACUUUUGGAAGCGAUUAAAGCCAUUUCUUUUAUUAAAGAAUAAUGAUAUAAAAUUUUAAACAAAAUAUUUUAUUU